AUGGACUUCAUAGCCACGUCGUUGCGAGACCAAUAUCCGAGUAAAACCUUCCAUAUCCUCGCCGCCCAACGCAAUGCCGGCACCCACACCUACGAUGGGAUCGAACUCGGAGGCGAACGACUGGCGCUCGAGAUCGAAGAAACGCUCGACUCGCUGGAGGCCCGCGGGUCUCGCGUCGAGAGGCUCAGUUUCGUCGGAUAUUCCUUGGGGGGCCUGGUGGCCAGAUAUGCUCUGGGGCUCUUAUACGCGCGAGGAUGGUUCGACCGGAUCGAGCCCGUGAAUUUCACCACCUUCGUGUCGCCGCACGUCGGGGUGCGAAUUCCCCUGACGGGCCUCCGCAGUCUCCUGUGGAACUAUCUGGGUCCGCGCACGAUCUCCGUCUCGGGGAGACAGCUGUUCUUGGUGGACUCGUUCCGGGACUCUGGGAAGCCGCUGCUCGGCCUCCUGGCUGAUCCGGACAGUGUCUUCAUGCGAGCGCUGGCCAAGUUCAAACGCCGCUGCGUCUACGCGAACGUGGUGAACGAUCGCUCGACCGUCUUCUAUACCACCGCCAUCUCACUGUCCGAUCCAUUUCAACAGGACCUAGAACGCGCCCACAUCAAGUAUGUCCCCGGCUAUGAACCCGUCGUCAUCGACCCCGACGUGUAUUUUGCGCGGCCCGGGGUCAAAGACGAUCGUCUGCCAUUGUCAUCGUGGAUACAGCAACAAACGAAGAAAUUCUUCACCGAUCUAUCGUUGUGGCUCUUCUUCACCCUCCUGAUCUCCAUGGCUCUCCCCAUCUUCCUCGUAAACUCAGUCAUCCAGACAUCCCGCAGCCGGCAACGGAUCCAGCUACACGAGGAAGGCAAAAGCGGCGCCUCCUUCGCACAUUACCGCAUACCCCUUCUGAUCAAGGAAGCCCAAAACGCGGUAGAGGAGGCCUUUGAACGUGCCGCCUCCCGACAAGAUGCCGAGUACCUGUCCGCCACGGACCCGCACGCUGGAGCGGGAAACCAGCUCAGAAAGCGGACGACCUCGACAACAAGCUUCUCAGCAACCCAGGACAAACCGAGCGUGGCCAUCCACGAAGAGGAGACCCGUGCUUCGGAAACGCAAACACCAGACCCCGACGACAGUCAAGCAUAUCCCACGCUCGCUCUCACGCCCCUUCAGAUGUCCAUCAUCAAAUCCCUCAAUUCCGUAGGUUUCCGCAAGUAUCCGGUCUACAUCCACAAUCAUCGACACAGCCAUGCCGCGAUCAUCAGACGCGUGCCGAAGAAAGGAUUCGACGAGGCUCCCGUCGUGAUCAAACAUUGGCUCGAUACUGAGUUCGAGAUCUGA